AUGGCACCGCCGGAAAGUGAAGAACGCCAUUCAAUGCUUGGAUACCAUCCAGUUGAUUAUGUAAAGGUGACACAAGUGAAAAACGUUUGUGAAGAUAUUGAAAAUAAUAAUAAUAAUAAUCACAAUAAAAGCAACUCUUUUUAUGACAAACAUGACGUAUCGUAUUAUUCGUCCAACUCCAAAGGUGUAUUUGCACAGUGUCUAGUUACUGGUGCGGUCUUAUUGCUUGCAGCCGGUGGAGGAAUGCCUAUUGGUUACAGUGCUGUUUUAUUACCCCAACUAGCUGAAGAAAAUGGCACGAUGCAUGCCGAUCGUGAACUUGGAUCCUGGAUAGCUUCAGUUCACAGUUUAGCAACACCUAUAGGAUCUCUGAUGUCAGGUCCGUUGUUAGAUGGAAUCGGCAGACGUGGUUCUUUGCGAUUUUCAGCAAUACCACUUUCUGUUGGCUGGGUCAUUAUAGGUUUUUCUCAAAACAUUCCUUGUCUCUUAAUAGGAAGAGCCAUAUCGGGUUUCGCAGUUGGGCUUAUGGCAGUGCCAGCUCAGGUCUUACUGGGUGAAAUGGCUGAUCCAGGGCUCCGCGGAUUUCUAACAGGAAACAAGCUCGCUUUCUAUUGUCUCGGUAUUGUCAUAGUGUACGCCUUGGGAGCUUCUUUCACUUGGAACACUGUGGCUUUCUGUGGGACUAUACUUCCCGUAGCAGCAUUGAUUGCAUUGAUUCUAAUACCAGAAAGUCCUGCUUGGCUCGUGAAACAGAAGAAACCUGAUAAAGCGAAAAAAGCUUUGUUGUGGUUGAGAGGAGGUAACAUAGAACAGGUUAAUGCCGAAAUGGCAAUCUUGGAAGCACGAGUGAAAGCAGAUUUAGCACGUACGGCUACAAACAUGUCAUGGACCGAGCAAAUUUCUUCGGCAAUUUCCACGAUCUUCGAUCCAAGUGUUUUCAAACCAUUGACAAUCAUUAACAUAUUUAAUACCCUUCAAUUAAUAAGUGGAACAUAUGUUAUCGUUUUCUAUGGAGUGAAUCUCGUGGAAGACAUUGGUGGUGAUAGUAUGAACAGCUAUUUAGCGGCAGUAAUUACAGCAAUUAUUAGAUUUUUGUUUAGCUCAGUGGCGAGCGUUUUAUUGUUAAAAAUGGGUAGAAGAAAUCUGGGAAUUUUUUCGGCUCUUGGAACAGCUUCCUCUUCGUUAAUUCUUGCAGGAUAUAUGUUACUCAAAAAGGGGUCUUCUGUAGAUAUAUACGUUGUUGGUAUUUUAUUACUGCUGUACGUGGCAGCCAAUACCGUGGGACUAAUGACACUUCCAGGAUUAAUGGUUGCCGAAUUACUUCCGCAAAGGGCACGUGGAAUUGGGGGCGGUUGCAACUUUUUCCUUUUCAAUUUACUCCUCUUCAUUGUUACCAAGGUUUUUCCUAUGGUAAGUGAAAAAGUGGGAGUUGCUGGAAUUUUUACAAUUUUCGGAACUUCUGCUUUUCUAGAAGCAGUAUUUAUUUACGUUGCUUUACCAGAAACAAGGAAUCGUACACUUCAAGAAAUUGAAGAUUACUUUCAGCAAGAUAAUUUGCUUUGGAUAUCUCGUUCAAAGGGAAGAAGAAAAGAUAGUCCAUUUGUCACAAAUAAAACUUGA